GUUUGAGUAAAAUCCACUUUAAUUUCGAUUAUCAGGAUUUGCCAGAGGCUUGACAUGGCUUAUUCUUCAGUACCAAGCUGUUUCCAUGGCUAUCUCCAUCGUUGUUCGUUCUCCACCACCCAAUUUUUCUCGGGUUCUCUCUUUUGUGCCUUCUCUGCUUCUUCUACCAAUUCAAGACUAAGAACAUGUGUCAAAUUCGAGAAAUUUCAGGGUGACUCUCCUCUUGAACAGACCACAUCAGUUUCUACUUCCUCUGUUUCACAGGAACUACCAUUAGAAGAAGAAGCUCAAGACCAACUAGAAGACGAUGACUGUUUGCCUAAUGAUUUGGAAGGAGCUGUUAGGCAGUCAGGUGAAGCAGGUGCUGCGUUUGUGAACUCAGGAGGAACAAGAGCUAUCGUGGAGCUUUUGAUUCCUCAGCUGCAGUUUUUAGAUGAUGAAGGUGCACAAGCUGAACUUUGGGACCUUUCGCGGGUUUUCUUGGAGACUCUCAUUAAAGAAACAGGUUGUGAGAGAGUUAAAGCCGUAUUUCCAGAUGCUGGAGCCGCUGCAUUGCUAAAAUACCGGUGGAAAGAUGCAACGUUUGGAUUUGCUAGCUUAAGUGACAGGAAACCAGUGGAGAAAGAAGAUGAGAUCAUUGUCAUGGUUGUUCCUGACUACCAAAUGCUGGAAUAUGUUGAGAAAAUUGCAAAAGGGCUUGCUGAUGACCCGCCAAGGCCUCUCAUUAUGUGGAACCCUCGUCUUAUAAGCGAGGAAGUCGGGGUUGGGUUUAACGUGAGAAAACUAAGGCGGUACUUCCUAAGUUCUUUUACUACGGUUUACUCUAUGAGACCUUUGGCUGCUGGUGCUGUUUUCAGGUGUUAUCCUGGUAAAUGGAAAGUCUUCUAUGAUAAUAAAGACAGACCAGGCCGGUACCUACUCGCCAAAGAACUCAUUGGUCGGCCUGAUGCUGAGGAUCUUGAGAUAAUAUAUGGGGGCGUAGAAGAGAAAUCAGAAGAAGGGUCAUCUUUAUUGAGUCAAGCUGCUGGAAUUUUCUCAUCCAUUAACAGGUUCAUGAAAUCAAUGUGAAGAUGAUAUCCUCUCUGCAGUAUUAUACUGUUUAAAUGUUUGGUAUUAGAAAUGUCACCAAAGGGUACACUGUAUAUCUUUGUAUGCUAUUACAUCAUGAUGAGUAUAUCUUUGUACUCGUAAAAAGUUCUGUUCCUUCUAUGCUCUCGAAUUUAAUCGGAAUCAACCCAAAAGUCAGUU